GACGCGCAUGCAAUCGAAUGUAACGCGAGAACGAAUUGUGACAAAUCGUUAUUCGAGAUAGUAUUGAAGGAAGAAUAUAAUUUGCGUAAAUACGCUCAUCGUUACUCGAUACGCCGGGACGAGAAAAAAUGGAUAUUACAUUAGCGUUAUCUAUCGUCAUUACUAUUCUGUCAAUGACGAGAACGAGUUAUACUUUGGCCCGAAAUUCUGCAGAAUCCAUAAAUUCGUGGAUGCAAUGCGAAACGGCUAUCAAGGAGAUCAAGCGAGAAGACCGUGCGACAAUCGUGGACGAUAGUCCCUCCAGAUUAUAUUCUACGUGGCUGUCUCAAGAAUGCGAAGUGCGAGCUGGCCCUGAGUAUAUAAUCAGAAAAUACACAUUUUUCAAGAACGGCACGUUUCUCCUGUUACGUUAUCAUUAUGCCGAAGAAUCGUGCAGCAUAGCGACGCACACUGUUACAAUUCGCGGCUCCAUCAAGUUGCUAGGAUCGUCUGCCAUCGUUUCUGGCGCUACUGAAACGAGAUUUCACGUGGAUGCUAUUAAUAUUGUACCUUUGAAUCGACAGGUCGCUCACAAGUUUGGGCAUAGAUUGAACUUGACUUGCGGUCCCCAGCCGAAAUGGCGACCUUACGUUCCCGAAGUGAUUUACGAGCAGCCACGGCAACGCUCGGCGGCGUCAUCGUGGCAAGGUCCAAUCUACAAUUCUCUACAGAUACACUCGUCUGCGAAGAAGAAGCUCGGGAUGAACUGUUUAGAGCCUUUCGGGAUCGAAUUCGCUGAAUUGAAGCUGCUGAGAGUGCAGAAGAAAUCGUUUGGAAGCUCAUCCAGCUAUGAUCGGUUCCAUAAGCUUUCACAAUUUCAACUUUUUUUAGCCAGCCCAACACCCAACAUUCAUUCUCGCUGGAAUUACAAACCGACCUCCUUACAAUCUACCGCUAUGAUCCGCGCCGACACGGCGAGCGGUUGCCCGAUAUGCAGCAGCGUGUCUCGGAGUACCGAGUUCAGUCCACCUCUUCUUCAUCAAACGGCAGCUCUACCCGCACUUAUCGGAGGUUAUUGGCACAGCGAGAGAUGCGAAAGCUCCGAGGGAGGUGUCUGGUCCAGACGUGAAUUUCAGAUACACUCGGGAGAUAAAUUAUGGGCCGGUCAAUGGGACUAUUACAACGAUCCGCAAUGUUCAACGUUUUUAUACGCGAUAACUGCGGCUGGAAGUUACAUCCAGCGAACUGGAAGACAAAGACGUCACGAACAGGUCGAUGAUCGAGAGACUUUUCUCGGCCACUAUCUCAAUAUCUCCACAAGGCUCUUGUACAAAAGGAGCGUCACCAAUUCACCAACUACUCAUCAUUCUGUACAAAGCGUUAUAUUAGAUGUCUAUCGAAAAAAAUUUUAUUUCGCGAAAAACGGGUCGAAGAAGCGGCCUGUAUAUACAAUAGAUAGAAAGGUAGAAGAAAGACAGAAGAGAUCGCUGACUGAUGACGUUCAUCGACAACUGUUGCGCGACGAACAGUCUAUAGUUGAAUCAAGAUUCGCAGCGAUGCUACGAGGUCAUCAAGCAUACGAUGAGACCACUACCAGAAAACCUUUUCCCACCUGGAACAGCCUCACUGGUACUACGGAACUGGAUCUACACAUUGCCGAGAGCAUUUUGAUUCCUGGAGACGCCGCGAUAUCCACUCGUUGUAGCGCCAUUGAUGCCGCCGAUCGGCACAGACUCGGCGUGCCGCUCAUUACCUGGCCGAGAAAUUGCGUACCUCACGCCGUCGAAGCACCCUCCACGUUGGGACUGCGGGCCAAACUGGGCAUUAACUGGAAUGGUCAGUACAUUCUACUGUUGGGCUCGCGAGAUGACAAUAUGUGGGAGGCUCCUCUGCGUCAAUGCGCGCAGAUUCCACCCCACAAUUCUGUUCUGCGGGCGCAUCUUCGGAGAAGCAUCGGUCUUCGAUUCGGACUGCUCUCUGCUUCAGCGUCGUCGUAUCGACUCUCCCCUUGGUGUCUCUUAUCGCAAAUUUUACUGUGCUCCAUAUAUUACCUCGUACGACGGUGAUAUCCGCCGAAUCGUUUACUUUUACUAAGGAGCAUUUGGAUUCUUAAGAAUUUAA